AUGGAUGUGUUAUCAAGGGCUGUGAUGUGUUUCUGCUUGAUGGGCUGGAUGACUUUAGGAUGGAGUAAUGCUGCUCAGUACACAUCAAUUACCAUGAAGAGCAACAUAGACAAACUGAAAGUCCACUAUACGAUCUCCAAGGACCAGCUGUUCAACGGGAACCCUGUUUUCCCCAAGGACACGUUUGAGGACAGUGAGCGGAGGGUGCUGAUGAGUGUGGUUCUGGACGUGUAUCUGAGUAUCUUCAGUCAGAUGCUGAACCAGACGGGGGACCAGGAAGUGAGGGACAGUCUGAAUUAUGUCAAGGGGAAAAUUCAGCAUCUCCAGAAACACUAUUUCCUGGGGAGGAUACCUGAGCUGAGGGCACACCUGCAGAACCUGUGGGCCGUCAAGACCAGUGACCCCACAGUCCAGGGGAAGGCUCUGUCCGAGUUGGUUACCAUCUACGAGAAAGCCUCCAAACUGGCCACUAAGUUCCAGCUGAAGAAGGACAACCGCAGGAAGAGACGGCAAGCCCAGAGGCUCAAAUCAAGCAUCAUGUAG